AUGGAUUCUAACUUUGACGACGACAUUUACGGUGGCUUUAGUGGGGUGACGAAUAAACUGUUCAACUAUGACGCCAAAGAGGACCAAGCGUUCCAAAAUGCUGUUCGAACAUCGAGCUACGGAAAGAAGGCAACCACACCAAAGUUCUUCUGGAACGGUGACAAACUCGGUUCAGCUGAACCGGCCACGGCAAUGGCAAGACCUUCGACCGCCAUCCGACCCGUCGGUUACUCCUCACACAACUCCAAGCUGUUCGAUCCGCUGAACCAGGCCGCGAAAAAGAUCGUCGUGAUGGAAAACAGGAAGGAGGAAACGCCCGAACAGCGGUACAAGAAUCUGGAGACAAAAAUCUACUCCCUGCUGGAGGAAUCAAUCGUUGCCAGUACCGGUUCCAAACCGGACAUGGCGGUUGGGUUGGCAAAAGCGAAGGAAGCAUCCUCGCUCGAUCGAACGCUGCUCAGGAUGCGCGAUCAGGACGGAGGAACGUACACGCACAACUUCGAUCUUACGUUCUUCGUGCUGUUCAAUCUGGCCAACGUGUACGCCAAGAACGAGAUGUACAUCGAGGCCCUCAACACGUACACGCUGAUGACGAAGAACAAAAUGUUCCCGAACGUGAACCGGCUCAAAAUCAACAUGGGCAACAUUUACUUCCAUCUUGGGCUGUACACGAAAGCGAUCAAGAUGUACCGAAUGGCGCUGGAUCAGGUGCCGGGGAAUCAGAAGGAGCUGCGGCUUAAGAUCACGCACAACAUUGGCAUUCUGUUCAUCAGGAUGGGUCAGUACUCGGACGCGGCAACGAGCUUUGAGUUUAUCAUGUCGGAAAAGGGCGAUCUCAAGACGGGGUUGCACCUGAUUUUGUGCUAUUACGCGCUGGGCGACGUGGAAAAGAUCAAGCACGCCUUUCAGCUGUUGCUAGACAUUCAGAUCGACUACAACGAGGAGGAGAAGGUGUUCCAGGCCAACACGAAUCCCUCGUACGAGUACAUCAACGAGCUGAUCAAGUCGGACGAGCUGCAUAACUACGAGCGCAAGUUGCGCCAUCUGGCGGAAAAAAAUAUCCUCAUUUCGGCGAACUUGAUCUCGACGAUCAUCGACGACUACUUCAACGAUGGGUACAGCUGGUGUGUGGAAACGAUCAAAAAUUCAUACUUUUCGUCGUUGGCGACGGAUCUCGAGCUGAAGAAGGCCGUCAUAUACCUCAAGCAGGACGAUUACCAGCAAGCCAUCGACACGCUGAAGUACUUCGAGAAAAAGGAAUCCAACAUCGCGAUCAAUGCGGCCAUCAACCUCAGCUUCAUCUACAUUCUUAAAAGGGAUGUCGCAACCGCGGAAAACUACGCCGAGACGGCUAAAAAAAUCGACAGCUACUGCCCGGCGGCUUUCAUCAACAGUGGCGUGUGCUUUUUCCUCAAAACCGACUACGAGUCGGCGAAGCUGAUGUUUACCAGCGCGCUCGACAUCGAUUCCACCUCCUUCGAGGCGCUCUACAACAUGGGGCUGAUCUUCAAAAAGCUGGCCGAUCACAAUAGCGCUCUGUUGUACUUUCGCAAGAUCAUCUCGAGUCUCGGGCAUGAGCAACACCCGGAAGUGUUGUACCAGAUCGCCAGCCUGUACGAUCUGCUCGGGGAUGUCGGAACGGCGUUAGAGUACUACUUGCAGCUGCUCAGCCUGGUGCAGCAAGACAACCGGAUCAUUCAGAAGAUCGGCGAGCUGUACGAAAAGGAUGGCGAGCGGCAGCAGGCGUACCAUUACCACCACGAAUCGUACCGUAUCUACCCGAUCGAGGCAACGGUCGUUAACUGGCUCUGUUCGCAUUACAUCGAGCUGCAGGUGGUGGAAAAAGCGAUCGGGUUCUACGAGAAAGCGGUCCUGCGUAACCCGCUUGAUCCGUACUACCUUUUGCGGAUUGCUGGCUGUUACAGGCGCAUCGGGAAUCAGCAGCGUUCGAUGGCGCUGUUCCGUACGAUCCACGAGAUUUAUCCCGAGAACACGGAUUGCCUGCGGGCACUGAUGCAUCUGGCACAGUCACAGGGCAAUGGGGAGCUCUACGAGCAGUACAGUGCCGAGCUACAGAAGCUGGAGAAGCAGAAAGAAGUUCGCCAACGCAUCGGUACGAACCGGCCACCGAAUUCGGGAAGUUCCCGCAAGUCUAGCGGCGAUUAUAGUGUGCGGUCGGGAGGUCACGAAGGAUACCAACCACCUGGGACCGGGUCUGGGCAUUCGUCCGCCGGUUUACCAUCGAAAAGUGCCGACGUAUCACCCGAGUACAGCAGCAACUUUACACCACACGGUGGAUAUGGGUACGCCGAUCCACUUGGGCCACCGCAGGAGCGGCCACGUACGGGUGUGCGUAAAAAUCUCACCUUCGACGACGAUUCGGAUGAGGAAAUAAACACCAUCGACUUGCUGCCGGUUUAA